AUGGCGGAUUCAUCCUCAACGACGUUGGCUCCCUCGUCGCCCCAGAGCAUACCAGACGAAUCAACUUCUCUUCUGCCGAAACACUCCUCGUCAGGGUCACAAAGUGCGUCCACCUGGUACGGACAAUGGUGGUCGGAGAUAUGGCUCCUCACGAAAGCAUCUAUACCGGUGAUGCUAGCGUACACACUGCAGAACAGCCUCCAGACCGUGAGCGUCCUUAUCGUAGGCCGGCUGUCCCCUGAGGCCCUGGCCACCGCCGCCUUCUCCUACAUGUUCGCCAUGGCGACGGCUUGGCUCAUCGCGCUGGGCGGCACGACGGCGCUGGACACGCUCGCCUCUAGCAGCUUCACGGGCUCGUCGAACAAGCACGACCUGGGCAUCCUGCUGCAGCGCGGUAUCGUGGUGCUCAGCGUCCUGUACGCCCUGGUCGCCGUGCUGUGGUUCUUCUCGGAGCCGCUGUUCCGCGCCCUCGGCCAGGAGGACUUCAUCUGCGUACAGUCGUCCCAGUUCCUGCGCGUCCUCAUCCCCGGCGGUCUGGGCUACGUCUGGUUCGAGUGCAUGAAGAAGUACCUGCAGGCCCAGGAGGUCUACCGCCCAGGCACCUACGUCCUGCUCAUCACGUCGCCCCUGAGCGCCGCCCUCAACUACCUCUUCGUCCACACCCUCGGCAUGGGCCUCAACGGCGCCCCGCUCGCCACCGGCAUCGCCUACUGGGUCUCGUUUCUGCUGCUGGUGCUCUACGCGGCGCGCGUGCGCGGGCACGAGUGCUGGGGCGGCCUGGACCUGCGCCGCGCCCUGAACCCGCGCCAGCUGGUCCCCUUCGCCCGGCUCGCGCUGCUCGGCUUCGUCCACGUCGGCACCGAGUGGUGGGCCUUUGAGAUCGUGGCGCUGGCCGCCGGCCGCCUCGGCAAGAUCCCGCUCGCCGCCCAGAGCGUCAUCAUGACGGCCGACCAGAUCAUCAACACCAUCCCGUUCGGGCUCGGCGUCGCCGCCUCGGCGCGCCUGGGGAACCUCCUGGGCGCGAAGCGGCCGGCGGACGCGCGCAGGGCCGCCCACUGCGCGGCGGUGCUGAGCGUCGUCUUCGGCGCCCUGAUCCUCGCGGUGCUCAUGGCCAGCAAGGACGUCUUCGGCCGCCUGUUCAACGACGACCCCAGGGUUGUGGAGCUGGUCAGCAAGGUCAUGCCUUAUGUGGCGCUGUUCCAGAUCGCCGACGGCUUGAACGGGAGCUGUGGUGGAAGUUUGAGGGGGAUGGGGCGGCAGUGGGUGGGCGCGCUUGUGAACUUGGUCAGCUACUAUGGUGCUGCACUGCCUUUGGGCAUAUGGUUGGCAUUUCACGGCUGGGGCCUUCAGGGCCUGUGGAUCGGCCAGUGUGGUGCCUUGUACUUGGUUGGUAUCUUUGAGUGGCUCAUCGUCGGAAUGAGCAACUGGGAAAAGGAAGUCGAGAGAGCGCUGGGUAGGCUGGAAGAUGGCGGUGUCGCGACACAAGACGGCGGGAACGACGGCCUCGACGCUGGCGAAGUUUAG